CGGGAGUGAAGACCUCAUUGGUCGAAAAUUUAAAUUUGAACUGAAAAAAAAGAAUGAGUGUCAAAAGUGUUGUCGCAGAUCUGAUUAAAAAAUUUACUGCGAACAAGAUCGAGUUAAACGCUGAAAUAGAAUGUGUGAAAAAAGUAGUUAAACCAAAGGCAAUCAUCAUUAAGUGGCCCGUAAUAAUGUAAUGGCCAGCAGGACUGUGAGAAAGAUUAAACGAGGGAAAGGAAAAGAAUCAGCCAACGCCGAAGGAAACCUACCAACAAUAGUUGUCACUCCUCCCCCCGAGAUGAAGGUCAAGGCUCCCAAGAAACUGGAGGAGAAAAAUUCCAAUAGGAAUUCGGCGCUGAUAGAGACGACGCUACCGCAACUUGCUUCGACGUCACAGAAUAACCAAGCAGAAAAUAAAAUGGCGGAUUUCAGUGUCAAUCAGUUAAUAGCAGAGUUGUCAGAAAACUCUCGAGCUUCUAAAGGAGAAAUAGAGAAUAUACAAAGAAGACUACUGCAACAAGCGAAUGAAAUUUUAAAGGUGAAUGCUUUUGCCAAUAAUACCAAUGCUAGCAACCAACCAGUUCCUGAGCCUCGAGUGAUAGAUAGCACUCAAAAAUACAGCAGCACCAGACCAGUCUACGGUCGAAUACCAAUCGUGAUGCCUAGAAAUCCAGUGGCGCAAGUUCUAAACGGGCCAGACCGAGGCAAGGUGGACGUUUCGCGCCAAGCCCUGACUAAUGCUAACAUGGCCGCUUCGAAGGCCGAUGUCGCGAGAGCGGACAAUCAACUUAACGACACCCAACUAGUCCCCGAGAAGCUACAAGAAAUUUCCGUGCCAUUCCCCGUGGAUAAUGCCGGUGCAAUGAUAAAUAGCGACCAGGGAAAUAUGCAAAGGGUCGGCACGUCGGCGUUGGACGCGGGAAGAGGCAUUUUUUUCUACGAAACGGGUUCUGCGCAGCGCGCCGCGGCCAGUGCGCGCGCCGCUCCGGCAAGAGGCACAGUCUCGAGCCCGCCGUACAGGAUGCCGCCGGCGCCGGAGGCUGCGUUGCCGGGUGCGCCCGCGCCGUCCGCGCCGCACGCUGCCCUGCACACGCACUCCGCCAAGUUCCCUAUAGAACGCGAAGUGAUCCUGUCAUCCGGCGACAAGAACUCCAAGGUGCCGAUCCUGCAGGAGGCCAGGAAGAGAGGCAGGCUCGGUGCAGUCGCACCAGACACCCCGCCUAAAGCCCUGGCCGCAUGGACGCAUGCCGAGAACCAGCAGGCUGGCACCUCAGGCGACAACUUCAGACAGUUCCAUGAAAACUACAGUUACGCUAUGCACCAGAAUCAGAACCAAGGAGCAGUUUCUAGAAACAUCCAAGGCUAUGACUCUCCUAAACCACCUAUCCCAGCCAAAAAUAUGUAUGGCACAAAACCUGAGACACCGAACAACUCGCAAAUGAUCACAGUAACCGUAGAAACAGGCAAAGAUAGCACGAGAGACGCUCCUAAAAGCAAUAAAUCAGUCAGUAAGACAUAUCAUACACUCAAAGACAUGAUCUCAAGUAGAUUUAAAAGUAAAGACACCAAUGAGGCUGAGAGGAACAACGAACCUGAACCUAGUUUGAAUAAUAGCGAGGAGAGGAAAAGGCCGGAGCCUGAGCAGGCGACGCCAAGAGAGACGGGCACGAGGAAGAUGGAGCAGGGAAUUUAUGGAAGACCAAUGCCGCAGAACAGACCUGAUAUGCAGUAUGGACACAGCAUGGCAAAUAAUAUGGCAUAUCCCAGUCCAUCUCCACACAGACAAAUGAUGCAGCAGCAGAUAGUUCAGCAACAGAUGAUGCUGAACCACCAGGCCAGGUCACAAGAGAUGCUGGCGUCAACACCCCACUCCCGGCAACAACAACCCCAGGCGUUAGGGGCAGACGCCCUGUAUCAACAGUACGGACCACCCGGCAGAAGAAGUGCCCUCUAUCAGAGAGACGUUGACGUUCGAUCGAUGGCCAACUUCACUUCUCUGAAAACGGGACCCCAAACGUCGUUUGAAAACUCACACUCAAGACCAGACCUCAGAAGUCCUCAACAAUUGGAAAGAGAGAUCAUAAGGCAAAGAGGAUUAGUAGAAGGCAGACGGGCCACAUCACACCCUCAUCUUCUAGAUGAACCACAACCAAGACUUGAAGUCACCACACCGCAGAUUCAUGAUAGAUCAAGAAGAAACUCUCAUGGGAAUCUUUUAGAAGUGCACGAAAAUGAACCUCAGAGGACUUGUGAUGAGAGGGAGUCAGAUGAUGGAGGUUUCAGAGCCAGGCUAGCAGCUCAGGGCAGAUCUAGCUUUGAAGAGCGAAUCAGAACCAGUGGGCGUUCAAUAGAGUCUCAUAGAAUGCAGGAGAACGUGUACAGAAGAACGCCGGAAAUUCACAAAGAAUCUAGAAGGACGCCUGAAAUACAUAGAGAAUCAAGACGCACUCCUGAAAUCCAUAGGGAAUCAAGACGGACACCUGACAUGCAUAGGGAAUCUAGGAGAACCCCAGAUAUUCAUAAAGAACGUAGAACGCCUGAUUCGAUAGGGCAGAAGAUUAAAGAAGAAGCAUCAGGUCAUGCGGAAAGGAAUGACGAGAGUGCAAGUCAGAAGUCGGUGGACAGCGUGUAUAAUUCGAACAGUAAAGCAGAGGCGAACCAUCCGCAGCCGUCGUCUUCAAGGCAUACGCCGAACAGGAUAGAAGAUUUGAAGGCCCACGGGAAGAAGGGAGCUGGAUCUGGUGCUAGUUCGGAUUACGACAAAAACGGUGGACAGUCAUCGAACGUGGACUCCGGGCGAGGCAGCGUGGCCUACUCCAGCGGGCGGAGACCGGAGGCCAGUCUGCACGACACGUCGGCCGACUCUGAUGCUGUGGGGCCUUCGAGGUCCCAGCCUCAACCGGGGACCAGCCAGCAAGCGGCGGGCCAGAGCGGCGAGAACGAAUGGGCAGACUUAGUAGAAUGCGAACUGCGUCAGAUCCUGGAGCCGAAGCUAGCCGGCAUGAGGCUGGACUCUUCGGCCAGCUCCGACAGUUCUGUCACGCCGCCGCUACCGCCGUUGUCGCCGUCGUCUGACAUGCACAAGAGAAAUAGCCUUCCAGGUCGGUCGUCGGAGUACCCUGAGGACAGAAGACGAGGCAGAGAGUCCCCGCGCUGGCACGGCCACAAGAAACAUUCGUCCAAAAGAGAUCACCAUUAUAAGAAACACCUUUUCGGGCUAGACACCACCGACAUGACGUCAACCACCACCCGCAGCCUGGACCUCUCCUCUCUCCUGGAUGGGAGGACAGACAGUGACGCUUCCACGGGAGACGCGAGGGCCAUUCGCCGUCAGCUCAGAGGAUUAGAGAACAUGUAUGCUGAGGUCCUGCAGCUGUUGGGAGUGAGGAAGCCGGCUAGUUUGGCUAAGCAUCCUACUUGGGAAUCCAGGCUAUCGUCCAAACGUCGAUACGGAAGCAUGUCAUCGUUACCGUCCAGCUCAGUCAGCAGUAGACCAGUGAGAGAGAAGAGGCGAAGCUCCAAUGACCACAGGAAGAAACAUGAUCUGAAGGGAAUAAACAAGCGCUUCCAGCGGCUGGAGUCGCACGUGGUGACGCUGGCGCGCUCGGUGGCGCACCUGUCCAGCGAGAUGCGCACGCACCACCUCGUCAUGCAGGAGGUGGACGCCGUGCGCGCCGAGCUGCUGGCGCUGCGCCACAUGUACAAGUCCCAGCAGUACAUCCGCUCGGGUCACCAGCGGCACUCAGACCCGUUUUCGUUCAGCAACCCCGACCGCGUAAAGCGGCUCACCAAGUUCUUCGGAGACGAGCCGCCGCUCAUGAGGCUGUUCCUCAAGAAGCUCGGAUAUGAGAAAUACGCGGCUUUAUUGGAAAAAGAAAAAGUUGGAGCGGCAGAGCUCCCUUACGUCGGCGAAGACAAACUCCGCGCUCUUGGGGUGCCACUGGGACCCAGGAUGAGGAUACUGAAGGAGGCUGGCAUCCACCAGGAUCUCCACCACCUGUCCAGAGACGACCCUCACAACACAACCACGACGUUAGCUAUCGUAUGACAUGUCUAAAGUAGUCUGUUCUGUGGCGUUGAAGAGUUAUGAAACCACCUUCGUUCCCCUAAAUAAAAAAGGGGAGGCUAAAGGAUGAAGCACACUUAUCAGCCCGGAAAAGGAUAGGAACCGUAUCAACUCGAGGUGCAGUGGUUAGUAUUCUCUGUAUGAAACUCCGUACUGCAGUGCACACUUAUCCGCACCGUAACGUAAACGCCUCGCCUCGCGGCGAAAUGUUGCUCCCUUUCCGGGUUGGUAAGUGUGCUAUGACCUUAAACGGCUUUCCCGAGUCUAAAUAGUGUGUCCGAAUUUAUCAACUUUUAUACU